UCGGAUCUGGGAUGGCCCUUGUGGCGGGCCCGCACCAUAGGAAUGCAGCCGCCAUGCCCAUGGCGCGCAACACCUUCUGUGCAGCCUCGGGCUGUGCCCCCGCGCCUCCGGCCCCAGAAGCUGCCGAAGCAGCUAGGCCUGGCCAGUAUCAGUCUCGCCGCGGUGCUCCGCCGCAUAACGUGCCGGGCGGCAAAGGACCAAAGCUCGCGGCGUAUGGUGGAGAGCCUGAAGCGUCAGAUCUCGAGGCUGGAGGAGGAGAACCGCCAGCUCAGGGAGCUCAUUGAUGUCUCCCCGGCGGAGCAACCCAAAGUGGUUGAUGGCAAGUUGGAGGAAGCAGGACAUUUCGUUUUCCCGAAGGCUGAUCUGCCAUUCCCAUUGGAUGCCCUGCGACUGGUGCCACCGAGCCAGUCAGAACGCUUCCGUCAGGCCGAGGGCGAUUGGAUCUCAUUGUUUCGGAACGCUGCGCCCUAUAUCGCCUCCUUUAGGGGUGGGUGCGUCGUGGUGCAUUUGCCCUCUUUCAUCCUGGAGGAUGACAUGCGGGACACCUUCCGAGGUCUCAUGGAGGACGUCGCCUUUUGCUCCCUGCUUGGGUUGCAGAUGGUGCUGGUGACCUCCAUUGAGGGCCGAUUGUGGCGUCGUCUCAGAGAGUCGGAGAUGCCGCCAAGUGACGGCCUUGGCGUCAAGGUGGGUAAUGGCCUGAAGGGCAUUGUGAUGGAUGAGGAGGCCAUGCGCUGCGCAAAGCAGGAAGCCGGUUUCGCGCGGGUGGAGGUGGAGAGUGCGGUGACCGCGGGUUUCGAAAAGCGGAACUUGUCCAACAAGGGCCUCGGCUCGGCCUCUGCCGGCCUCUUCUCGGUGCGAGGGGCUGUGUCUGUGAUCAGCAGCACCAACUUCUUCACGGCAUCGCCCAUGGGAGUUCGCGAUGGAGUUGAUUUCAUGUACGCGGGGGUGGUGCGAUCCGUAAACUCGGAUCUGCUGCAGCGGCAGCUGCAGGAGGGCGGUAUCGUGUCGAUGACACCGCUGGGCUCCAGCCCGGGAGGGGAGGUGUUCUACGUGUCCUCGGAAGAGCUGGCUGCAAAGGUCGCCAGCAACCUUGGGGCCAUUAAGUUGGUGUACAUCACAAAGGGCCAGUGCCUGGUGGAUACUCGCCAAUCACGCAUCAUUGCAGGUAUGCAAGCCCACGACGCGCGCGCUCUCUUGCAGAUGCUGGAGAGUGGAGAAGGGCUGACCUCGGCAGAGGAGAGAAGCUCGGACUGGUUCUGCGACUUCGUGCGAAGUCUCAGGCUUUUGGUUGGCUCCGUGUCGCCCAAAGGGGUGCGCCGCGGGCAUUUGGUGCACGCCUUCCCGGGCUCGCUGCUGCAAGAGUUCUACACCACGGAUGGAAGUGGCACGUGUGUGGCGCAGGACGUGUACCAGGGCCUGGGUUGUGCUGCCCUGGCGGACGCGGCCUCCAUCCUGGAGCUCCUGGCUGCGGAUGGCCACGAGCUGCAGCUGGAGGCGGUGGAGGCCAGCUGCGCUGCCGGGGAGUUCUUCGUGUGGCGCAGGGAUGAGGUGGUGCUGGGCUGCGGGCAGCUGGUGGCCCACGUCUCCGAGGGCCUGGUGGCGGAGCUGCGGCACCUGAGCUGCGCCCAGGGC